UCAAUUUCAAAAAACCUUUACAACCUCGUGACUAUGAUUUUCAAGAUCUCAAAUUCAGCAUUCUUAUCACUACUAAUGAAAUUGACCCUCAUAUUGAAAGUGAUAACCUAACCAAAAAUCUUGGAUCCUUUUGUGCAACAAUCUCAAUCAUAGAAAAUGUUACCGAUACGGAUAAUCACCCAGAGGCUAACCCUAUUCUAAAAUCCUAUUUAAAUAUAACCCUCUCAAGAAAUUAUGAUAACAUCCAUAGCAAUUUUAGGAUUUUAUCUUUGAGAUGA